AUGCCCUCUUUCACUGACGAAAUCACAAACUCAGGUGCUGGCCCUGAAGGCCCUCAUCCUGUUUUGGGGAAUGGUCUAACCAUCAUCACCCCGCUCCAGAAGAAUCAUCAAGCAAAUGGCAAUGGAGAUUCUGCCCCCCCUGAAAUUAAGCAACAUCGCAUGUCUACCCCCAAGGUAACGGCACGUCAACCCCUUCGUCUUCCUUCUCCUUUUCUGGGUCCCCAAAGCAGCCAACCUUCAGGUGUCGUCCAUGAGACCGUGACCAAAGACGACAUCAGCCGAUGGCUCCAGAAUGGUGACGAAGAACAGCAGCGCAACCUCUUCAGUCAAGUGCAUGAGUGGCUCGUACGAGAAAAGUCGAGACGGAAGGUUGUAAGGUCAAAAUCCCAUGCGACGACCAAUGGCGCCGAAAGCGACGGUGACAACGAUGGAAACGAGAAUGGGGCCGGGGCUCCCUUAGCCCGGACGGCGUCCCAGAGUUCCGACACUGCAGCGGCCCUCGACAAGCUUGAGAAGAUCCUCACUCAUUACGCCGCUUCUAGGCCCGAUAGUUAUCCCACCUCUACAUGCUCUUCCCGCAGGUCUACUCGUCGACGUCACCCAAAGGGAUUGCGGAGGGGUUCUGCUUCCGACUCCGACUAUACCGACUACGAUCCAGCCACUCCCAGCGUGGACGCAGUAUUGGAUAAUUCGAAGACGUUAGCUUACAGUGGAGGUGCCGCAGAUGGGGAGGAGGGUGAAAUCAGUACAAGCACGAGACGAGCCAAGGACAAAGAAGCGUGGGUGGCGUUUAAGAGCGAAAUUCUGCGCUUGGCCCACACACUACAGUUGAAGGGCUGGCGAAAAGUUUCCAUGGAGAUUGCUCCGGAAAUGGAGGUUGUAAGACUCAGUGGUGCUCUAACUAAUGCAGUCUACAUGGUUACACCUCCGCAGAACCUUCCUCCCCCUAGGGCUGAGGAUGGAUCAUAUACAUUGGUCCCUAGACGGCCUCCUUCCAAGCUUCUCCUGCGCAUCUACGGGCCCCAGGUGGAUCAUCUGAUUGACCGAGAAAAGGAGCUUCAGAUUCUCCGCCGUCUGGGGCGCAAGAACAUCGGACCUAAGGUUCUAGGCACCUUUAUUAACGGACGGUUCGAGGAGUAUUUUGAGGCCCGCCCAUUGACGGCGAGAGAGUUGCGGGAUCCUCUAACGAUGAGGCAAAUCGCCAAGCGUAUGCGCGAGCUGCACGAAGGGGUUGACCUUCUAGAGGAGGAGAGAGCCGGCGGCCCAAUGGUGUUUCAGAACUGGGACAAGUGGCUGGACCGCUGCGAGCGGGUGACCAGCUGGCUAGACAAGGAAAUCGAGUCUGCGCCCAACGAGAGCAAAGCUGCUGCGGAACCGUGGCGUCGACGCGGGUACGUCUGUGGUGUACCGUGGCCAACCUUCCGUAAGGCCGUCGAGGAUUAUCGCAAGUGGCUGGUUGCAAGCUGUGGUGGCAUCAACGAGAUCAAGCGCCAGCUUGUUUUUGCCCAUAACGAUACGCAAUACGGCAACUUGCUUCGGAUGGAGCCUCAGCAGCAAUCGCCGCUCAUGCUCCCGGAAAAUAAGCACAAGCAGCUGGUUGUCAUUGACUUUGAGUACGCAUCGGCGAACAUGCGUGGACUGGAGUUUGCCAACCAUUUUACGGAAUGGUGUUACAAUUACCAUGACGAAGAGAGGCCCUGGGCAUGUAGCAGUCUGCUUUACCCAACGCUGGAGCAACAGCAUCGGUUUAUCACUGCGUACCUCGCGCACCGACCUGGCUUGAGUGGGCUAGGCUCGCCGUCUAUCACGCCCUUGAUGCGGCCCCUCUCGAUAGGCACCCCCACCAUGGCUCCUCUGGAUCUUGACGCCGGCCCCGAUGCCGAUCUCUACAACCAGGACCUCGAGCGCACGCACCAGGAGACACUCGAGGCCGAAACGCAGUACCUGCUGCAGCAGACGCGACUGUGGCGGGUAGCGAACUCGGCGCAGUGGGUGGCGUGGGGGAUCGUGCAGGCCAAGGUUCCCGAACUGGGGGAGAAGGAGCAAGCAGAGCCGACGUCGCCUGUUGAUGGAGAGGGCGAGGCGGACGAAUUCGACUACCUUGCUUACGCGCAGGACCGGGCGAUGUUCUUUUGGGCGGACUUGCUUUCUCUGGGGGUUGUGCAGAAGAGCCAGCUUCCGCAGGAAAUGGUGAAACAGAUUGAAUCGCGGGUGAUUGAUGAUUAA